AUGGAGUAUACUACAUGCUGUGGUCUGGAUACGCAGCGUAUUUUCUACACAUUGGGUUCGGACCUGGCGGAUCUCUCUGCUGACGAGUAUGAGACAUCUCCUGCCGGGGGCUCCGCUUCUGUACGCUUGGAAUCCAUUUCUCCAAUCUCUGAUUGGAGUACAAUCCUGAAGCCAAGUUUUGGUGAGGAUACACUGGUCGAUGGAGCGGAGUAG